AUGGGGGUUUGUAAUUCAACAAAAAAAUCUUAAGAUAAGAAUAAGACUACAGAUAAUUUUAAUCCAGCUUUGAUUAAUACAGCAGAUGUUCAAUAAACUUAAAGAGAAUUUGCUUCUAAUUAAAAUGAAAAAAGACCUAAUUUAAACCAAACCGUUCAAAGGAAGUUUAGAAAGUCAGGGACUUUGAGCUAUUUUGAAUAUAAUCAUGAUAAACUCUAGACUGAUAAACGAUCUUGUAAAAUUUACAAUUUAUUUAUUCAGAAAACAAUAAAAAAGCAGGAUCCAAUAUACCUUAAUUGAAAAUCAAAAUCACUGAAUCAAUAGCUUCAAAAGAUUACUCAGUGUAUAAAGGGAUUGUGAAGAUACCCAAUAAAUCUACACUAAGAGUUAUGUAGCAUAACAGUGAUGGCUAACUAGUCGUUAUGGAAUAAUUACCUUUUGAUUAAGAAGGAAAGGACUACAUAGAGUGGCUCUAAAAAACUAAUUUGGUAAUUAGUCUAGUGAAUGUAGGAGUUUUAUCAAAUUGGAAAGGUUUAUGAAAUCUUUGUUUGGGGAUAAUAAUUUUAGAUAAUGAGUGAAUAUUGUACAGGUGGUCCAUUAUCCUAAUUGUUGCAUCACAAACUAUCAGAAUAGGUAGUAUGUAACAUUUUGGAGUAAAUGUUUGAGAUUAUUAAUUUUCUUCACUAAAACAAGUUAAACCACAAUAAACUGACAAUCGAUAGUUUUUCAUUUUAUUACGAUUUGUAAAAUUAUUUGAUUAAGUUGACUGAUUUAAAAUGUUUACAUAAACCUUAGAGAGAGCCAACAUUAUAAGUUAUUUAAUAUGCAUCUCCUGAAGCUCUAACUUCCCAUCAUGCUCAUAAAUCAAAUGAUAUAUGGUCUUUAGGAAUUAUUGCUUAUCAAUUAAUGACUAGAAAUUUAAUCUAUGAAGGAGAUCAAGAUUUGACAACAAUUCAAGAAUUUAAGUAAGCUAUUCUUAGAUGGACAGCUAAAUAGGAUUUAUAAGAUGAAAUAUCUUAAGAUUUUGAAAAUCUAAUUUUUGAUAUGCUAAAUCCUGAUAAAACCUAAAGACUUACUAUAGAAGAAUGUUUAAAACAUUAAUUUAUAUAGAAUCAUUAAAAUUAGAAUUUGAAUUGUCAUUUCAAACAUUUUUUUACUUAGAAUUUUCAUGAUAAUUUAUAGAAAAGACUAAUGAUUUAUCUAAUAAAUAAUUAUGAACACUCUCAUUAUCAAGUAGGACAUAGAAUAUUUGAUAUAUUGGAUAAAGAUAAAGAUGGAAAAUUGAAUGUUGAAGAAUUAGAAGAAUUUUGUAGAAGACUUAAAUAAACAUAAGGUUAAGAAAAGAAUAUCAAAAUUAUAUAGAAUUUAAUAGAGAAAAAAAGUGAAUUAGUAUUAGAAGAUUUCAUUUUGAUGAUAUCUAAUAAAUCUAUAUACUUAACUCAUCAUAAUCUCGAUCAUAGUUUUAUGAAAUUUGCAAAUAAAAAUUAAGAAGUCACUGUUAAAUCAUUAUCAAAAAUACUCAAUAUAUCAGAAUAAGAAUUGAUUGUAGAUUUUAAGAAUCGGUAAUUGUUUUAUGAGGUAUCUUUUAUUAUUCUAUAUAGAAUUAUUGUAUUCCUUUAGAAAAAAUAUAAUAUGAUUAGAUAUUAAAUUAAAUUUUAGAAAUUUAAAAGGAAUAUUGA